AUGAAAAUACAACAAAAAAAACAACUCGAAAACACCUCAAAGAUCAUGGAGAACAUGUCGUUUCCGAAAUUAUCGGAAUUUGCCUCUUCAGAGAGUUCAUCAUCCUCACCAGUGGAUCCUUCUGCCAUGAAAAUAGAAUUAUUGUCCCUCAUUAAAAGACUUCAACCCGUUCACGAAAUGAAUUAUCGGGAUGAGAAGAAAUUAUUUGGAAAGGCUCAUCGGAGUGUUUUCAAUGCAGAUUCCUUGUUGAAGGCAAUUGAGAAGGAAUGUCACGUCGAUCAGAAGGGAGCAGAGAAGAUUGCAAAUUUCAUGAUUGAAAAUGGAAUCAUUACAUGUAUCGAUAAAAAGAAGUACACCAUUCAAGAUGGAAAAUUAUUUAAAUUCACACGAGAGUAUUUGCCAAGAAUGGUUAUUUUGGGAGGUGGACAUGCAGGAAUAACAGCAGCUCAGAACUUGUUUGAAUAUUUCAAUAUAAUUCUCAUUGACAAGAAUGAUGUGGCAAGUUUAAAACCCUCUCAUCCCAUUGUUUUGGAAAAAGAAGAACAUGCAGACAAGAUUUCAGUUCCUCUUUCAGAUGUAAUGCAAAAUAGAGGAGUGUUCAUCCGUGGCUUGGUGAGACAUGUAACACAAGAGGGAGUUUUUGUUGAAACAUCGAACACAACUUUUACAUUUGAUUCCUUCUUAAAUACUGUCACACAAAAUGACGAAAAACUUUCAGCCUUCCAAAAUCGCAAAUUUUUAAACUAUGAUUAUCUUGUCAUUGCAACAGGAUCAUCUUCAUGGAAAAACAUGUUAGAAUUUACACAACAGGACAAUCCAGAUAAUAAGAUUCUUUAUGUAGAUCCAUACUCUUUGGAAAGCGUGAAAUCCUCCAUUCCACUUCUCAAGAAUGAUUCUACAAAGAAAAUUGUAUUAAUAGGAGGUGGAUUUAUUGGAGUGGAAUUUGCUGGUUCUUUAGCCUUUUCCUAUCCAAAGAGAGAAUUUAUUCUCAUUCAACGAGGUGACAUGAUUAUGAAACCUUCAGAAGCAGCACAUAAGGUCGUAUCAGAGAAUUUCAAGAAAUUCAAAAAUCUCAAAAUCAUGUUUCAUUCACAAGUAACCUCCCAGAAGGAUGCCAAUACGCUUGUGGUCAAGACUACAGCACCAAAUCAGCAAAAUGGUGGUUCUGAAGAAUUAGAAAUCGAUUGCUCUGUUUGUUAUUUAUGCAGUGGAUGUAAACCAAACACGGACAUGCUGAAAGGUUCGAAUUUUGAAUCUGUUUUGGAUGAGAGAGGAUACAUUAAGGUAAACAAACAUUUCCAAGUACUCGAUCCGAGUGACAAUACCCGACACUUGAGAAAUGUGUUUGCUCUAGGAGAUGUGAAUAAUUUGGAAGUUGACAAGUUAUUGCAAAAUGCCAGACUUCAAUCAGCUUGUUUUACGGACGUGGCCAAAUUGGUAGUUCAAAACUCGAAAGAACCUCUCCCAUCGUAUGAAGUGGAUGCUCGAGUGAAGGCAGCAAGCGUAGGUCCAAAACAUGGAUUUGUGAUUAAGGAAGAAAAAGUAUUGUUUUCCUCCUUUAUGGUGAACAAAUUGAAAGGACUUCUUGAAACGACUGUGAUGAAGCAAUAUCGUAAAACAGUCGAUUAA